GCCUCUGAUCAGAUCAUCACUCUACUGUGGUACAACCGCGCCGCUAUCAGACGUGCCAACGGCGCGGGCGCGCGACAUCGAGUCCUCGGCGGGCCCGCCGUUCGUGAGGGAGCGGGUCACCGUAUCGCUCGUCAAUCGUAGCCCUUCCUGUCUAGGCGGAACGCCUCCGCGAGAAACAAGCCCGCCACCCGUUUCAUACAGACACGCAUGGAUCACGGAUGGCGUCCGCCUUGCUGUCCGCACAGCACGCAUGGAUCGAGUGAGCUCGAGCAAGGCUGUGUUCGCUGCAUUUGAUUCUUCCCAGGGCCUUGGUUCUGCAGAGCAAACGCUCGAGAACCUCCAAUUGCACUCGGGAUGGCGGCACGCAGACCUGAGCAUGAUGCGUUGCAAGGGUGCGUUGGGCGGAAUGCGCAACGACCAGGGACUGGACCCUCAUCUUCAUCUGCUUUUUCCGCAUUCGGGAUGCACCCCCGAAGGCGUUUCUCUACGACAAUCUCGGUGGCGGCCACUGACAGCUGCUCUAACUCUACAAAUCUUGAUGGUGGCCAAGCCUUACUCCAAGGGGCAGGAGUGUUGUUCUACGAGAGCUUCGAUGCAUCUGCGAUCCACCACUGGCCGAGGCUCAGAUAGCGGCGCCGGGGCCAAGCUGCAGAGACAGGGUACAGAGGCGCCUAAGCCGUCUGAUAGACGUGGAGAAGCAUAUGCCUACCGUGGCGAGGGUAGUCUUCUGGACGGGCCCCGGCAUGCUUGUCUGCAGCUGCAACAUACAUAUAUUGGGAGCGCACCCCUCCCGCUUGCGUCCUGUUAUCGCGAGAUCCUUUGACCUCAGCGGCCACCGUUUCCACUUGCUGUAGGACGGUCCAAGAGCCCAGCAUGUCUAACAAUCCUGAGGUGAUGGACGUGAACGUCGACCCUUUGGGUCAGGUCAACCCCAAGGUGUAAGUUAGUGUUGCUCGUGUAACCAUACUCAAGGAGCUCC